GUUGGCAUUGCGAAUUGAGACAAGAUUUACGGGUGUUCCCGAGCGCUUCUUGAGUACUAAUCUUCGUCUAGGCGGGGUGCAUGUUUAGUCUCCCACUUGGCCUAGCUUGCUAGCCUCGGGAUUGGGAUUACUGAUCCAAACUACAUCAUCUUGGCAAAGCUACCAUAGCAUCAACAUGGGUAUUUAGGUAUAAGGAAGGUCUUCAAUUACUUCACAUGAGGGAAGACUAAAACAGUUCUUUCAAUCUACAGCAGGCCUUAUCGAAACCCAGCCUCCACUCCACAGCCUCACCACCAAGCACAGCAAUGCCUCUCUGGAACAUCUACCACCCACCCAGCACCUUCACCUCCACAACCGACAAAACCGCCCUCGCAAACGCAAUCACCGAAAUCUACGUCAAAGCCGGCCUCCCUAGAUUCUACGUAAACGUCCUCUUCCAGCCCAUCGAUCCCGAAUCCUUCUUCAUCGGCGGCGUCGCGCGGCCCUCCCCUAACACCGAGUCCAACAAGCCCGGCCGCGAUAGCUCGGUGCCUAUGAUCCGAAUUCGGAUUGAGCAUCUUGCUAGGCAGAUGCCUAACAUGGCACAUAAACUCCGGUUCAUGGAUGCCGUCGAUGCAGCGCUGAAACCGUUUAUCGGGGAUAAAGGGUACGACUGGGAGUAUGGUGUUGAGGAGGUGGAUAGGGAUCUGUGGAAGGUAAAUGGUAUGGUGCCGCCGAUGCCGGGAACGGAGGCGGAGAAGGAGUGGGCGGAGGGGAACGUUGCUGUGCCUUUUGAGGCUGAGAAGGGGGGUUUGGCGGGGAAGUUGUAGGGGUUUGAGGGAUGGGUGGGAGGUGUAAGAGUGCCAGGUUCGAGGACAAGAGCAGCAUUAGAGGUGCCUUCUGUCAAACUAUGGUUCAUGUGUCGUCCGAGAACGUCUGGCAUGCCUCUACAGUACUUGUUAUGGGGAAUCAUCCAUCUUUUACCGACGCCCAACGCCUUUUCCUCUCAGCUCAGCUGUGUGUCGCGCUCUACAAGAGCCCUUCAUAUUUCCAUUCGU